AUGGCGGCCGCCGAGGCCGCCGAGAGGCUCAUGGCCGCCCACGGCACUGCAACCGUCGUCCGUCACCAGUACAUCGACGCCAAUCAACUGGCCAAAAUGGCCUGGACGCUGGGCCGCCCGUCUGUCUCGGGCGUCACUGUGACCGACGAUGCCGCCCUGCCCGAUGGCACGCCUGUUCCCGCCGGCUAUCACCUCGCCUACUUUGCGCCAGGUGGGCUCGAGGCCGAUCUGGGUCCGGACGGCACCGACCGCACAUUCAACGCGCCAGCACCCUUUACGCGGCGCAUGUGGGCCGGCGGGCGCAUGGAGUGGACGACGGACACGGUCAGCGGCGGCCGCGACGGCCUGCGCGUGGGCGAGGUGGCCGAAGAGCGCACGCGGCUCGUCAGCGCGACGCCCAAAUUGAGCAAGUCGAGCGGCCACGGCAUGGUGCUUGUCGAGGUCGAAAAGGAGCUGUGGACGCCCCGAGGGCUGGCCGUCGUGGACCGGCGGUCGUGGAUCUUUCAGCCCGCCGUGGCGCCCGACACGGAGACGCUAACGUCAGCAUCGACAUUGCCAGGCGCCCCGUUUCUGUCAUACAAGGGCCCGUCAACCGUCCACGACGUAAUGGACUGCACACGCUCGACGGCCGCCUCGGGCGCCGCGAGCAUUUCAGAGAACGCCACGGACCUAGUCCGUCACUUUUGCUGGUCGCCCGUCGCACUCUUCCGCUUCUCGGCGCUGACCUUUAACGGCCACAAGAUCCACUACAACGAGGACUGGACGCAGAGCAUGGAGAAGCAGAAUGGCCUGGUCGUGCACGGCCCGCUGAACCUCAUCAACUUGCUCAAUUACUGGCAAGACGCCACCGGCAACGUCACGGGGCCCCAACGCAUCCACUACCGCGCCCUACGGCCCCUCUACGCCGGCGACACGUACCAGAUUCGCACACGAGGUAAGACGGCGGGCGAAAGGCCCCGUCCUGUAUGGGACGUUGUUGUCCAGAAGAACGGCAAGUACCAUAUGUCGGCGGAGAUCCAGUAG